UUAACUAAAUAUUAUAAAUGAUGUUAUGAUUUUUAAUAUUAACAAGUAACAAUAAAGUUAUUGUUAAUUCACACAAAAAAAUUAAAUUAAACACAGCAUGUUAAAAAACUUAAAUGCUUUUUUUAGCCAAAGAGAAGAUUGACCUUAUCAAGCGGUCAGUUAGACAGACAGGUGGUGGACCAGCACCUCCCCCCUUGACAUCUGCAGAGGAGGCAUCGGCCAAUUCACUGGAUGGGAGGCCAAUAGUUGAAGGGAUAGAUGGAGGGAUAGAUACAGAUGCCAUUGAAGAAAGCAGUCCUGCUCCAUGCAGUUCAUUGUCGGAUGCACCUACAUGUAGUGCAGCUGCUACACCUCAAGUGUCCGAAAAAAACAUCAUGAAGAAAACAAGGCCGGGAACGUGUUCAGAAGUAGACAAAUUAUUGGCCGAAAACCUAAAGAUGGACAAACAAAGGCUGGAGCUAGAGAUUCUGAAGCUGAGAAAAGAAACUGAAAAACUUUCGGAGGAGACUGCCUAUUUUAACGUUAAGAAAUUAUAUUAUCAGUUAAAACUGCAAACAGAGUUCCAGAUUCCUAUUGCUGAGCCUGAAAUGUAAAUUACCUAGUACAUGUAUUGACAUAGAUCCCCCCCCUCUCUCUCUUCAAAUGAUUAAAAAAAAUAAAGGCAUGAAUUAAAUUAUGCAGCUAGAAUUUAUUAAACAUUUACUAUGAAUAAAUAUACAAUGUACAUGCAUUAAUAUGACACUGAAUAGGCCUUUCAACUAAUUUUUCAUGUUGCACAUAUGGUAAAAAACAUUGCAGAGAUAGAUUUAUAGGUACAUGAAAUUAUCAAAAAAGAUAAUAACUUAUGCAUACAUUUAAUUAAACCAUUAAAAAGUUUAAUUAUUUAUAAAUGACUUUUCCGAUAGGUAACUCGGGUGUGAAAAAUGACCAACUUAGUGCAGAUUUAUGAGUUAUUGUUUAUAGGAAUGACAUAUAGGCUGCUUCAGAAUUGGAAUUGUUAUGUACACAAAAGGGUUCCUUACAUUGUUUUGUACACAAAAGUGUUCACCAUGAGAAAGAGAUUUGCCUUCACUCUACCUGAAAUAACAGGGUCAAAUGAAUGGGUAACAGACUAUAUUCAAUAUUUUUAACUCUCUUUGACGAUUAUUAUGAAGAAGAAAA